GUGCUGGGGCGGGGGGAGUUCUGACUGGAAGAUGAGAUCAGAGACUGCUUAGCCGAUCUCAGUCCAUCCUAGCACAGGGGCAGCGAAGGGCUCCACCUCAGCCCUGGUCCCCGGGCUCGGGCUUUGUUGAAGAAUUUUACCCACAAGACUCAGGAUUUUCCUGCUCUGAUCAGCUUGAAAAGUUCAUCGCACCACAACAGGAAGCAAAAAGGGGAAGCAAAGCAAAUGGUCCGCUCUAUUCUGGAAUUAUGAAUUAAAGAUGUUUGCUGGGCGCCUGGAGAGCCAUCUUCACGUCUCUGAUGGGCCGGUGCGUGGCCCUCAGGAUCAUCAUCUGGCUCCUUUAUUUUUGGUCCGGCUCAUUGCUGUGGCUAUGGCCAUUCGUUUCAUGGUCAUGGUAGCAAUCUGGACCACCGUCUUCAUUCUUGCUUCUCCCCACCAAGAAGUGUCGGCUCCUUUCACGGAAGCUGGCGGGGCCCCGUGCCCCGAAGACUGGGUCUAUUACGGACACACGUGCUACUACUUUUCUAAAGAGAGGAAGACCUGGCAUCAGAGCCGAGCUGCCUGCCUGUCUCAGAACUCCAGCCUCCUGAGGGUCCACAGCAGAGAGCGGCAGGAUUUUCUAAGGCUGAUCAAGUCCUACCACUGGCUGGGGCUCGUGAGGAUUCCAGGCUCUGAAUCCUGGCGGUGGGAUGACGGCUCCGCGCUCCAGCCCCACCAGCUCACGGUGCUGGACAUGCAGAAUGGCACGUGCAGCGUCUACAGCGCGAGUUUUAAAGCCUACGCGGAAAGUUGUUUGGCUUCAAACACGUUCAUCUGUAUGCGGGAGGCCGUGUGAGUGAGCACGGCCCUGCCAGCACCUCGAACCCACGGCCAGACAGCGUCUGAGUCAGCCACGCAGCGCGCCGGGGACCGGGGAAACGGAGGAGGACGGACACACGGAACACGGACUGUGUGCGUGCGUGCGUGUGUGCGUGUGCGUGUGCGCACGCCCCUCCUGAGCUUGCACUCAGCGCCUGGAAGCUAUCUGUGAACUUUCUUUUACUUUUCAGCUCUGGGCUGGCGCUCUACCACUUGAGCCACAGCACCACA